UGGUCAUGACUCACCUGUGCAAACAUGCAAAGGCGCACUUUUUGCAGGUAUAAAAGCGCACGUGAGCGGGAGGGCGAGCGAUCGGGAUCGCUCAGCAUGAAGCCGCUCGCCGCUCUUUGCUUCUUGGGCCUCGCGCUCGGCCUGACCGGCGCCGCGUCGGUGCUCCCUGCAGGUCGUCCAGUAGAAGACGAACGUCUUAAAAGCCACUGUGAGCAUCACAGGGACAGUGUCCAGACCAGCAGUCCAGAAGGUUAUCCUCUAGUGGGAGCGUUUGUACCUCAAUGUGAUGCUAACGGACAAUACACACCUCAACAGUGUCAUGGUUCCAGUGGACAUUGUUGGUGUGUGGACGGUCAAGGACAAGAAAGACCAGGAACCAGAACUCCUCCUGGUACUUCUCGUGUGGAAUGUGACAGUCACGAGGAAGGCGCGCCCGAGCGAUGUGAUGGGAUCGAAUUUGACGCCAUCACACCGGACGAGAAAGGAAACACGCUCUUCUUCAAAGGUGCCCACCUAUGGAAGGGCUUCCACGGUCCAGCCCAGCUCUCCAGUCGAUCCUUCAAGGAGCUCGGCCAGGGCGUGGACGCCGCGUUCCGCAUGCACGACACGGAGAAGCCAGACCACCACGACCACAUCUACUUCUUCCAGGGCGACAAGGUGUUCCGCUACUACAACCAGUCUCUGGAGGACGGCUAUCCCAAAUCCAUACAGGACGACUUCCCGGGAAUCCCGUCACACCUGGAUGCAGCCGUGGAGUGUCCAAAAGGAGAGUGCACCACCGACUCGGUUCUCUUCUUCAAGGGCCAGGACGUGCACGUGUACGACAUCAGCACGAGGUCGGUGAAGAAGAAGACGUGGUCGCAGCUGCCGGCGUGCACGUCGGUGUUGCGCUGGCUGGAGCACUACUACUGCUUCCACGCACACAACUUCACCAGAUUCCACCCGCUGUCAGGACACGUCAACGCGUCCUACCCCAAGGACGCCCGCCGUUACUUCAUGACCUGCCCCAACUUUGGCCACGGCGGUGAUUAUAAAGUGCCGAAGUGCAGCCAAGUUCAACUGGACGCCAUCACCACGGACGACGCAGGCAAGAAAUAUAUGUUUGCAGGUGAGAUGUACAUGCGUCUGGACACCCAGCGGGACGGUUUGCACGCCUUCCCCAUCAGCAGGACCUGGAAGGAGAUGAGCCACGGGGUGGACGCCGUCUUCUCCUACGCCGACAAAAUCUACAUGAUGAAGGACGAUCAGGUGUUCAUCUUUAAGUCGGAGGCGCACUACACCCUCGUGGAGGGCUACCCCAAAUCCCUGAAGGAGGAGUUGGGCAUUGAGGGACGUGUGGACGCCGCCUUCCUGUGUCCCAACGAGCACACGGUGCACGUCAUCCAAGGAAACAGGAUUCGUGACGUGGACCUCACCGCCACGCCCAGAGCCGUGACCCGAGACUUUCCCCUGCCGCUGUCCGACGUCGACGCCGCUAUGUGCGGCCCGGAAGGCGUGGACGUGUUCAAGGGCCACCAGUACUACCGUUACCCAAACGCCUUCCUCUUGGCCGUGACCAAAAUAGCCCCCACGCCGCAAGACAUCACCCCCGCCAUGAUGGGAUGUCUCCAGUAGACGCCCGCGUCCCUCAUGUCCCUCAUGUCCCUCAUGUCCCUCAUGUCCCUCAUGUCCCCCCUGGCGCCUCAUUUCAUCUCACAACAGCAACACAGACCAGGAAGGAUUGCUCAUACUUAAUGUUAGCGCUGUUGCCAUCUGGUUUCUCUCAUAUUUCAACUCCAUGCUAAUAAAAAAAGUUAUUUUUCCUCAUAA